AUGGCACCCCCAUCCCGAAGUUCUCAGGAAAAGUCUAAGAAGCAUGCGACUGGAGAGUCGUCUCGGCCUUCUCGUGGGAACCAUUCCCGUCACCGAAAUCGGGGACAUAACGGGUCUUCUCGCCGAGCGAGUGUGCCUGCUGGCCAAGAUUCUGCUGCGUCCCCUGCUGGGCCGAGCGGCCUCGCACCCGACAACGUACCCGCACCCGUUUCCUCCACGCCUCUCGAAGAACUGAGACCCUCCCCUACUGCGCCUGCGUCUCAACAUCCUGCUUCCGCGUCCUUACCAGCGCAUCCUGCAUCCGGCGGAAAAGCGUGGCAGCGAAAGUCCACCGACACCACCGCUGGAGACGCGGGAAAAUUGACGCGGGUCGACGGAACAACUCAAGACGCCGUGCCGCCAAAAGACGCGAACGAUCUCGCCUCCCGUACCCCACCCCAGGCGGUCAGUCCGAAACCCACAGACGGGACGCCGGAGGCAGACCAUCCCAGCGACAGCAUGCCGGGACUGUCGAUGCCAGGGACUUCUUCCCACCUUUCACCGGAGACGAAUCAGAAGAGCGAUCUUUCUUUCCAGACAGCGUCAGCCCUGACGACUUCCGGGCUCUCUUCCUCUCCGCUUCGCUCACCCAUGCCGUCGCCGGAUCCAUCUCUCUUCUUCGACGACCAGGCCGCCGUGGCCACGCCAGCGACUCCGGCCUCUUCGCUUGUCUGUACACCUGAGCCGGGUCUCUCCGCCUCCUCCGCCGCCGCGUUUCUUGGCCCCUGUCGUUCUGAGGCCGCCUCUCCCGCGCCUGGCGUGUCUGCAUCCGAGCCGCUCCAGGGCGCUUUCCCUCUCAACGGGGAGGCAGCACUCCUGCAGCAUGCGGCGAAAAACGGGAUAUCGAUUGAUCCCUCGCCUGCUCCUGCGGCGUCACCCCUUCCCGAGCAGCCGAACGUGGCUCCUGAUGCUCCAGAAUCUGAAGGGGCCAAAAACUCGAGUCUGUGUUUCGUCGCUGCCGAUCCGUCAGACGCUCUUGGCGGCGGCCGUCCAAGUCCUCGUCCCCUCGAUGCCCGUGAGGAGAGCGUUCUCGAUGAACGCGGCCAAGAGAAGGCCCUCAACGGGAUGGGAUCCACCACACGGCUCCAUGGCGGCAAACUGGAUGAGGAUUGCGUUUCUGAUUCCUCUGUUCUGCGCCCUCGAAGUGCCUCCGAAUCCCCUGCCGUCUUGCCCUUUCCGAACGGGGAUGCCUUGUCCGUUUCGACGCGGGCUUUCCACGACGCCCUGGCGGCGGUCGCCCCUUUGCCCCUCUCUUUCUGGCCGUCUCUGCGUCUCGGGAGACUGGCGAAUGGACUCGAGUACCGCAUUCUCCAGCAUUCGUUUCCUGCUCACAAGAUAGCGGCGCAUCUCGUCGUGCAUGUGGGCAGUGUGCACGAAGAAGAGAACGAACAAGGCCUCGCGCAUUUGCUCGAACACUGCGUCUUCCAAGGCACGGAAAAGUUCCCGUCUGCUGCGCUGGUGCGCCGGGAGCUCGGCGCGCUCGGCAUGUCCUUUGGCGGCGACCUGAAUGCGUACACGGACUUUCACCAUACUGCCUAUACACUCCACAGUCCCGUCGAGACGCCGCCGGCGCUUGCAGAGGCUCGGACAGAGGACGACACGUUGGACGACGCGGGCGAGAAGACCAACUUGGAAAGGUGUCUUGUGCUGCUGCGCGAGCUCGUUUUCGCGCCGCUCCUGGAAGACGGGGAACCCCUCGAGGCUGAGAGGCGUGCAGUGUUGAGUGAGGAACAGCUGAGGCACUCUGUGCAGUAUCGCGUGGAGAAGAAGAUGUACGAACACCUUCACCGGAAUAACAAACUUGCAAGGCGCUUCCCGAUCGGCCUGACCGAGCAGGUCAAACGCAUGACCGCCGAGGAUUUGCGCAGGUUCAAGCGCCGGUGGUACCGUCCUGCGAACGCAGUGCUUCUCGUCGUGGCGGAUCUAGACGCGGAUCUGAUCGUCGAGAUGGCCGAAAACAUUUUUUCGCCCGUUCCGCCGGACGGCGUGUUUCGACUUACGGGCGCGGCGGCCAGGCAGCGCGAGGGCGGUACCGAGGCGGCGAGUCGAGAGACACAAGCGGAGACAGAAAAGGAGGACGCGCAGGAGACAGGACAUGAGACAGUUCACCGCUUUGUUCAUGGCCGAGAGUCGCCCCAAGACGCGAUUGCAUGGGCACAGGCAGGCGCCCAACUUGCAAAGCCUGGCGGCGCGUGUCUCCCUCGCCAUCCCGACGUGUACGAGGCCGCGACGCCUCGCGAGCUCGUCUUUCAACACCACCUCCUCAGAGGCUUGGUUGUUGUUAUUGCUGGAAAAGAAGAACUCUCGCCGCUUCGCACGAUGCAAGACUUUUUCACGACUCUCGUCGACACCUGCAUCUCGUGUGUAAGGAAAAGGAAAACGUCGAAGUGUGACAUGCUCUCUCUCCUCGCCAGGGACAGCAUGACCCAGCAGGACUGUCAGGACGCGGAGACCCUCGUCGACGAAAUCGUUGAGACCCUCACGACCGGGUGUAUUCUUUUGUCACGAACGCAAGAAUACGAGGCGUUCGAAGCUCUCGCAGCGUUCAUCACUCCUCAAGUCAUCCAAGCGCGAUGCCAAGAGGUUUUCUACCACAUUGUGCACUUCUUCGACGCCUAUCGCGGCUCUGCUGAAACCCCGCGAGCGUCUCUCUUCGUCUACGGCCCCACCCACGAGUGCACGGACGAGGACCUCGCGCUUCGCUUCACGUCGUCUCUGACUCCGACUCAGUCGCCUCUCGUCUCUCGCGGCAACACAGUUGGGAGUGAACUCGUUCCGCAAGGCUCCUCGCCUCAAGCCCGCGGUCGCGUGCUGCGCAGCGGCUCUCACUCGAAUUUCAUCGUCGUCCCGGCGGCGAACGCAACGGAAGAAUCUCCGGAGGGCGAUGCGGAGGAAGGAGUUGCUUUUCUCGUCACCGCGGAGGAAGUGGAGACAGCUGUUGCAAAGGCUCUCAGGACGCGCCCUGAACACGUUCAGUUUCACCUCCCAGAUUCGCUUCUCGACCGAGACCAGCUGGAUGCGUAUUUGCUGGAAAAUCCACCGAAGUUUGUUCUUCCCUUGAUGAGGAAUCGCUGGAAGCUCCACGGGCCGAGCCGCGAGGAAGUCCUUGCGAAGUUUGCCGAAACCGAUGGGUUCAGAGACGAAGAGACGGAAACCCAAUUCUGGCGCUUUGAAAAUGGUGCAAGUGUGAACGCCAAGUCGACAGACUUCGAACCCAGCCGGUGCCAAGUGCGUCUGUUUUUCUUCGGAGGCGAGUUGAUGGCGAGGGGCGACGAGCGGCAGCUCCUGGAUUUGGGAAUCCGCACGUUGAUGGACGGAGGCGUUGCUGGGCACUUGCAGAAAAGCGUCGACAAGCUCUGCGCAAUGUGGGGAAUUUACGUGUCUCCUCAAGUCGAGCCGGAGGGCGUCUCCUUGACGGUGACGUUUGACGCUGCGCAAGAAGAGGCGUUAGACCACGCCUUCGAGUUGAUACACAGCUAUCUCGAACAUCCGUCAUGGAGCGAAGACGUUUUCGAGCGACAAAAACAAUUCAUGAAAACCAGCUACGAGAUGUCUCUGGCAAACUUGGAUUUUCUCUCGUCCGUCGCGCUGACCUACCAGCUGUAUCCGCACGACCGUCGCUGGGUACCCGCGAACUCCGCGCAGCUGCAAUCGUACACUCUCGAGCAAGCUAAGGCCGCUGUGGAGCGUCAAUUGCAGCCUCACCUCCUGGAAGUGUGCGUUGUGGGCGAGUUCAAGAUGGAGGAGUUGAAGGGGGUUGCGGCGAGAUACAUCGGCAGUUUGAAGGCGAAGGCCCUCGGGGCCUCGCUGAGUCGGCAGAAGUUCGAGGAAGAAGGCGUCGUGGACGGUCUCGCGCCUCUGCAGCCGUUCACGCAAACAAAGUUGAUCACCCCCUUCCUAGAGGAGAAGCAAAGAGCCGAGAGAUGCUCCGUCACUGUGGCGCUUCGCGGUUUUGGCAGAUACGACUUCUCCAAAACAGGCAACCAAGCCAGCUUCAAACAGAGUCCAAGCUACAGAUUCCGCGUUUGGAGAUACAUUGAAGAGAUUAUGAACAACCGCCUGCACGACGAAAUGCGCGAGAAAAGACAGCUCGGGUACUCUUUCUCGUGUCACACGGCAGCGCUCGAAUUCCAGGACGUGGGCGUUAUCCUCUUUGGCGCAACUCCCCUCCCUGCGUUCGCGGCAAAAUCCUGGAACGCGCUCUGCGCAGUCAUCCGGGACUUGUGCACGACGAAGCCUCCACGAAAAGACGAGUAUCUCGCGGCGAGACAAGUCGUCACAAGCGGCUUCAGCACCAGUUUCAAAACAAACGAAUACUGGAUGGCUCUUCUCUUCGGCCUUCAACUGCCAACUUCGCCGAAGGACAUCGACUCUAUCAAACGCAUCCCGGAAUUCUACGAGAAAGUCACGGAAACGGACAUCCUCGAGGUGAUGCGGGAGACACUCUUUGCUUCUCCGAUGAUCAGUUGCAUUGCGAUUUCCGGUCCGCGAGAAAUCAAAGAACUUCUCGGCAGACUCGAGCGCGCAGUGAAAGCGAAACUCGCGAAGCAGUUGCCUGAAACAAACGACAGUUUCCCGCAGCUUCGGGUAAACGAUUUGAAGACUUCUUUCGCACAACGCGCGGACUCAGCCUCGCAAAACUCCACGCAUGUCGAGCGUAUCUCUUCAUGA